CCCUGGAACGAGCCGGUCAGAAUCUUCGAGAUAAACAACAUGGCGUUUUAUUCUUUCUCGUCUCCUUUAAGAUUUACAAAGUACUAUUCAUGUCUUGUUCGUCCAGCGAUGCGUCCCUUGUCUACUCUGGUAGCUGACAAAGAUUUGAAAACAAUCGAUGAUCUUCCUGGCCAUCCUAGCUACCUUGGACURAGCAUGGCGAUUCGUGUUGCUAUCGCUAAGCUUUUCAAUAACAAACCUUUGGGAAAAUUAGCUUUAGAUGCDCAGUUCGAAGAUGUUCAGAAAUUUGGGAGCAUUUUUAGGUCUGAAUUCSCAGGCGUUAAAAUGGUAACAUUGAGCAACCCCAACGAUGUGGCCAAGGUGUUACGUAAUGAGCCCAAGUAUCCAAAACGACUUGACAUUCCAGUUAUUGAYCUUUACCGUGAGCAGAGGAAAGCAGCUCCUGGAGUCUUCUUUGCCAAYGGAGAGGAUUGGUACAGAUAUCGAAGCACCGUCAGUAAACGUAUCUUAAAACCACGAGAAGUAAGCGAGUAUAUACCAGUCUUUAACGACAUCGCAAGCGACUUCGUAACUCGACUUAACUUCGUUCGAGAUCCCGCGGGAAUUGACACUGAGUAUGAAGUAACAAACAUUGACAAGGAGUUGUUUAAGUGGUCUUUUGAGUCAGUUGCCCAUGUCCUGUUUGAUCGACGAUUUGGGUGCCUUGGAAACCAGAUUAACCCGGAAGCUGAAGAUUUUAUCAAAUCUGUUGGUGGAUUUUUGGACACUAAUGAAUUGAAAGGACGACAUGCAUGGACGAUGUUGUUCACAAGAAACUACUUGAAUUUUCGUAAAAUCUUUCCCAUUCGACCMAGAGAAAUAUGUCCAUUCUCGUCUUCUUCAUGGACACAAAGCACCCUGAAGACUGUAGAAGASCUUCCGGGAAAGAAGAGUUUACUUGGUCUUGGAAUUGGGAAGAUUGUUACUCAAGCACUUCGUGCUACGAACCCAUUUCUACUACCUCCAAAGAAACCUCUUGGRGCAAUUAUGCUUGAAUUACAGACCAGAAGUGUAAAUGCGUUUGGACCCAUCUUCAAGACUGUUGUUCCUGGACAAAAGCCAUGGGUAAACUUAGGUGAUCCUGUGGAAAURGAAAGAGUUUUACGGAACGAACCCAAGUAUCCUAGAAAAAUAUCUUUUCCAGUUCUUGAUUACUAUCGCCAACUCAAAAAAGCAGUUCCUGGAGUAUUCUUUGCUAAUGGAGAGGAUUGGUACAGAUACCGCAGCACCGUCAGCAAACGUAUCUUAAAACCACGAGAAGUAGCGGAGUAUAUACCAGUGUUUAACGAUGUCAUAACCGAGUUCGUAACUCGACUUGAUUCCACACGAGUACCCGCAGGAACUGACACUGAACAUGAAGUACAAGAUCUUGAAAACGAUCUUUUUAGGUGGGCUUUUGAGUCAGUUGGCCACGUUGUUUUUGAUAAACGACUUGGGUGCCUUGAAAAUAAUGUUAAUCAAGAUGCUCAAAGYUUCAUUGACUCWGUUGARGGMCUUCUUUCUACAGCGCCCAGUGUUGCCCUUCUACCAGUUUGGUUCUACAAAAUUUAUGAAACCAAAACCUUUAAGGAAUUUGUUUUCCAUUUGGAUAAUAUGUAUAAGUAUGCUGAUCUGUUUAUUGAUGAAARUGUCAAAGAACUAGAGAAGAAAAGAAAUGUUGAAGAAAAUGAAAAUGAAGAAAAUGGUGCRGAAGAAAAUGCUGGUUUUAUGCAGUACCUUUUGUUCAAYCGMAAACUAUCAAGGGAUGAUUUAAUGGGCUGCAUGAUUGACUUGCUGUUUGCUUCCAUYGAUACAACAGCCAAUAGCAUGCAGUGGUUUUUGUACAUGAUGGCRAAAAAUCCAGACAAACAGGAAAAGGUUUUCCAGGAAAUAUCAAUGGUACUGCAGGAUAAUGAACUUCCAAGUGCUGAAACCCUUGUCAAAAUGCCUUACCUCAAGGCUUGCUUCAAGGAAACACUACGGCUAUAUCCAAUUGUWAGUCAAACAGGCCGAGUCAUUCCUACAGAUAUGGAGAUCCUUGGCUACAUUAUCCCAAAAGGAACUCAAAUUGUAUUUUUGCAUUACUACAUGGGAAGAAGUAAAAAAUAUUUCARUAAUCCAAAUGAUUUUAUACCUGAGAGAUGGCUGAAAGAUGGAAAGAGAGAAAUAGGUGCUGCCACUCAAGCUUUUGCUUCUAUUCCUUUUGGAUUUGGUACAAGAAUGUGUGCUGGACGACGUAUAGCUGAAUUAGAACUCUACCUAUUGGCAACAAGGUUACUGCAGAUGUACAAACUCCAGUACGAUGAAAAUGAGAUUGUGGAGCCAUUUGUGAAGAGUAUUACAACUCCAGACAGACCACUACGAGUGAAAUUCAUUCACAGGAAUCACAMUUUGUUAUAACCAUCAGUUAAAGUUAUUUAUGUACAUUAGAAUAAAUGUCAGUAUGCUCAUUUAAUAGGUCUCAAUUCAUUUUACUGCAUAAAAGCCAAUUGAACCAGAAGAUUUUAAUUGAUUGAAAUCUUGGUAGUUUAUUAUGUGUUUUAAUCAAUACAAUAAAGAUUCAAUUAGGUCAUCAAUUAAAUAAAGAACUUUCAAUAAAUCACUGAUAACAAAUGAGUUAUUGAUUUGUGUAAAUACAAAUUAAAGUUAUCCUUUUUAUGUGAAAAAGACAGAUAWGAAAUAAAUCAACAUGAAAUUA